AUGACCAAGCGACGCAUUUGCUACAUAGUUUCCGGAAUCAUUUCCAUCCUCUUCAUCAUCUUCAUCAUCACUUUGAUCCUUGCGCAAACCGUGUUCAAACCAAAACAUCCCAUAUUGCAAACCGUGUCUUCGACUGUCGAAGGCGUAUCCACAAAUGUAGCACCGCCGUUUGAGGUCCAGCUAAAUUUCACUCUUACACUCCAGAUGCUGCUCAAGAACCCUAACCUCGCCGAUUUCGAAUACAAGACGGUAGAAAACUUGGUUUAUUACAGGGAUAAUCUAGUGGGUAACCUCACUCUUCCUUCGAGCACACUCCCUGCCAAAGGCUCAGCGCUUUUGCCUUGCCCUCUUGUUCUUCAGAUCGAUAAAUUUGUUGCGGAUUUAGGUGAUAUUUUGCAAGAUGUAUUGCACGGGAAAAUUGUGAUAGAGACCAAGGCAAAAAUGCCAGGGAAAAUUACAGUGUUGGGAAUCUUUAAGGCACAUUUGAAUACAUUAUCGCAUUGCAAACUCGUUCUUGGCUUUCCUACAAUGGAAGUGGAGGAUCAAGUUUGUGAGCUUGACACUAAGCUGUAA